GCACAAAGAAACCAGAGCAGCGGCAGAUAUCUCCUAAACGGGUCCGCAAAAUGUGCUAGUUUAAAUAUGUCUACGUGAGAAAAAUGUCUGCUAACACAAAUCACCGUCCAAAAAGCCUCGACAUAUGUCAUGUUUUCAAUGUGGCUGGUUCUUUCUCUCAUCUGGCCAUGGGGUCAGAAUCAACCCCAACGGGGCCCAUAUGCAUCCAAUUCCAGAUCGGCCUCCUGAAAGAGGGUGUACGAAUACCUGAAGGGCACCUCACCCUCCAGGAUGCAAAAUGUCUCGCAGAAGAAAUCAUUGAGAGGAAGGCUCCAGAUUGCAGCAUUAAAGGUCUGGGUGAAAAGCUGCUGUUAUUCAGACAUGAGCCGGACACGGAUCAGAUCUUACACAGACUCACUGACCAGCACCACAUUCGUGAUGGAGAUCUAUUGGAAGUGGUGCUCUCAGGCGAAGCUUCUGUGGCCGAGACAAAAUACCGCCCACAUUCCUUGGUCGUCCAAUCAUAUCGCACACCUACUUUUUGUCACUACUGCGGUGAAAUGUUAUGGGGACUGGUCCGACAGGGCCUGAAAUGCGAAGGAUGUGGUCUAGACUUCCAUAAGCGGUGUGCGUUCAGGUUACCCAACGACUGCUCUCGUGUGUAUCGCCGUUGUGGCCCCAGCCUGUCACUGUUCCCUCCUGGCCGGCCACGUGCCCUUACAUUCUCCAGUCACACAGGUGGAAGCCUGGAGGAGAUCAGCAUGUCAAAACCAUCACGCUCACGGCCUCCAUCCUGGGCAGAUGUGCCUGUGUCUGUGGGGGUCUGUGAGGGAAAGGAUGGGCGAACUUGCGUUCCUCACACCUUCCACAUUCAUACUUACACCAAACUUACCGUCUGUCAGUACUGCUUUCGGCUGCUGAAAGGACUCUUCCGGCAGGGGAUGCAAUGUUCAGACUGCAAGUUUAAUUGUCAUCGAAGAUGUGAGCCUCUUGUUCCUCCUGAAUGUAGGGCUGAUAAAGUCAAUGGUGAAGAGCCUGAAGUCCCUAAUAAGGAGUCAGAGUUGGAUGUGGCGGUGGUGUCAGUAAACUCUCUCUAUGAAGAACUGCGCUAUAAAGAGCCGCCACCAGAGGAACAGAAGCCACUGCAGCCCCCCGCCACUCCAUGUUUCAGCAGUAAUAUUCCCCUAAUGAGAGUCUAUCAAUCGGUAAAACACUGUAAAAGAAGAUCCAGUGGAGUGUUAAUGAAAGGCUGGUUAAUGCACCACACCAGCACUGAUGCACUAAGAAAACGCCACUACUGGGAAUUAGAUGGAAAAAACAUCAUCCUGUACCCAGAGGAAAACAGCAACAAGUACUAUAAGGAGAUACCACUCUCUGAGGUGCUUCAUGUUCGAGGCUUAGAUCAGCGGACUGUUCCCGUUUUGCCAGAUAAUGGCGAGCACUUGUUUGAGCUGGUGACAAGCUCACUGGUAUACUUUGUUUUUGCGGAUCAAGAGGGCCAAUGCUGGGAGUCAGCCCUCAAACUGGCCCUUAGACCUGUUCAAGGGACCAAACUGGACACAACAGACACCACAGGUCAAGGACAGCACAAUAAAGAAACCCAGGAUAUCAGUGAGUUUUAUCAGAUCUUUUCUGAUGAAGUCUUGGGUUCAGGUCAGUUUGGGGUGGUGUACAGUGGCACGCACAGACAGUCAGGUCGCCCGGUCGCCAUUAAAGUCAUAGAUAAAACCAGAUUUCCUUCCAAACAAGAGGAACAGACCAAAAUUGAGGUCACAAUACUGCAAAAAUUGUCCCAUCCUGGAGUGAUUCAUUUGGAGGGAAUGUUUGAAACAUCACAACACACUUUUGUUGUCAUGGAGAAGCUCCACAGCGACAUGUUAGAGAUGAUUUUGUCUCACGAGAAUGGGCGUCUGACAGAGCGUAACACCCGUUUUCUUGCUAUGCAGGUUUUGGAGGCUUUGAGGUACCUGCAUAUGAAAAACAUUGCACACUGUGACCUGAAACCCGAAAAUGUGCUUCUGUCCUCACCUGAUCCAUUUUCUCAGGUAAAGCUGUGUGACUUUGGUUUUGCUCGUAUCAUUGGAGAGAAGUCCUUUCGCCGCACCGUAGUUGGGACCCCUGCGUACUUGGCACCGGAGGUCAUCAAAAAACAUGGCUACAAUCGGUCUUUGGACAUGUGGGCAGCAGGAGUGAUUUUAUAUGUCAGUUUGAGUGGGACUUUUCCUUUUAAUGAAGAUGAAGACAUUAAUCAGCAGAUCACCAAUGCUUCUUUCAUGUAUCCACGACAACCGUGGUCUCUCAUCUCGCUGGAGGCGGUGAACCUGAUCAAUAACCUGCUGCAGGUUGUGGUAAGACGCAGGUUCAGUGUUGGCAAAGCAAUGGGUCACCCCUGGUUUCAGAACUUCCAGCUAUGGUGUGACCUCCGUGAGUUUGAACAGCGUAUGGGAUAUCGGUACCUCACUCACGAAGCAGAGUCCAAGCACUGGAGAUCUCAUGCCCAGGAGAGAGGCCUCAGUUUUCCAGAACAUUUAGCAGAAAUGGAAAGUGAAGAGAAGGAUGAACUGAUAGCCACGUAGAUUUUAAUUUGACAGCAACUGUGAAUAUUGUAUUUUACGAGAAACUUGUGAAACUGCUCUGUUGUGUAGUUCACUGUAAUCAAUCUUUGAUAUAUAUUCUAAUAAAAGAAAAAACUUUUUCUUGUUUUUCUCAAUUCUCAAUUUUUAACAU